UCUGGUUAUCCCCUGUACUGUGUCCGCAGUCUCUGGUCAUCUCCUGUACUGUGUCCGCAGUCUCUGGUCAUCUCCUGUACUGUGUCCGCAGUCUCUGGUCAUCUCCUGUACUGUGUCCGCAGUCUCUGUAGUUAUCUCCUGUACUAUGUCCGCAGUCUCUGGUCAUCUCCUGUACUAUGUCCGCAGUCUCUGGUCAUCUCCUGUACUGUCUGCAGUCUCUGGCCAUCUCCUGUACUGUGUCUGCAGUCUCUGGUCAUCUCUUGUAUAUGUCCGCAGUCUCUGGUCAUCUCCUGUACUGUGUCCGCAGUCUCUGGUCAUUUCCUGUACUAUGUCUGCAGUCUCUGGUCAUCUCCUGUAAUAUAUUUGCAGUUUGGUCAUCUCCUG